AUGGAACAAGAUGUCAUAAAUUUGAAAAACCAUACUACUCGAUAUAAAGUACUGAAAGAUGAAGAGAUAAAACAAAAAGCCCUGAAGACAUAUAUGGAUAGCGAUGAGUAUAAAAAAGAAGUUGAAGCAACUGUAAAGGCAGAAAAACUUUUACAGUUGCAAAACCAAACCGUACAGUAUGAAAACUUAGCACAAGAAAGUAAAAAUAACGACGCAGCCAUGCAAAAGGCAAUGAAAAGCGCAGAAUAUAUAAAAGCUAACAAUGACUGGUUAGAUGCCCAAGCCAACGCUAAAGCAGCCCAACUCAUAGGGUCAAUAAGGACAAAAAUACAAGCGGAUGAAGACAGUUCAAAUGAAGCUUUAACAAAUGCUGACUUUAAGAACGCUUUCGAAGCUCUUCAUAGUAAGGUGAAACAAGUGAACGACUUCUCAUCUGGAAAGAAACUGAAGUCUGAAGGUUUCGACAAAGAGUUAAAAGAAGUAGCACAAAAUAUGACGAAAAUAACAGAUGCAGCAACGAGACAGGCAGUUCAAAGUGCCUAUGACGCCGUUAGAGCAACUGUUGUGAAAAGUCAAGAAAAAGAGUUACAACAGACCAAAACAGACCUAGUAAAUGCUUUCUUAAAAACGAAAAGUCAGGUAGGACACUAUGCUGCAGAUGGAACAUAUGUGCCAGCUGGUGGAACUUAUAUACCACCAAACCCUCCAAGAGAAGCACCUGCACCAGGACUACCUAAAACAUUUACAUCGUCACAUGGACACAGACACAGGCAUGCACCAAAACCAACACAACAACCAGCACAACAACCAACAGUUCAAAAUCCAGCACAACAACAACCAGAAACAGAGCAAGGACAUAAAAGAAGUAGAGAACAAGGAAACCAAGAAUUCUUAAAAAUGCUUAAAGAAGAGUGUGGUUUCCCAGAUAGUAUUGACUUUAGUGACAGAUAUAAAGAAGCUAUUAGAAAGUUCAAGGAUGGAAAUACUGACCCGGACCUAUUUAGCUUUAUGGCUCAGCACCAAAACGGAUAUAAUCUCAAACCUGGAAAAUACAAGCUCGCUAAGGGAUAUGAUUUAAUAGCAUAUCAUCCAAAUGACAUGGAUGAAUUUACUCCGAGAUAUUUGAUGUCAGAGCUAAAUGACAAUUCAACUUUCGUCAUGAAACGCGUAAAAAAUAGAGACGGAACGAAAGAACAAAAGCUUAUGAAUGCGGAUGACGUAGAUAGGGAAAUUGUUGAAAACGGUCUCGGAAUAUAUGAAAUGCCAGCAGAUGAGGUACAAGAAACUCCACAGGAAGAA